UGGUAAUCAAUAUAAAAUAACAAUAGCGCAUAGUUUUAAUCUAUUCAUCUAUUGGAACUCCACACUGUAAAAGGACACUAAAGGAUCAUUAAAGAUGAGAACCAUGGGUACUGUGAUGACAGCACUGAUAGUUCUCUUUGCUUGCAUCAUUACGACAGAUGCCCAAAGUAACAAAAUUAAAGAGGCACUUAAACGUCUGUUGAAGAAAUCCCCAGUAGGGACCCAGAUAUUAAAAACGAUGAUAAAGCGAUUGGAGGAACUGAAUGGAAGAAUAGAUGUAGAAAAUAUGUUGCAACAAGCUGAGGAUCAUUUCUAUGAAACUGCCUGCCAUCUGGCCAUUAAUGUGAAAUGUAAACCAAAAAACCCAAUGUGUGAUGAAUUGAGCGAUGUCCAUGCAAAUUGCUGUUUCCUCAUUGAACCGUUCAACAUGACUCAAGCCAGCGAUGCUGCAGCAUUCUGUAUAUCAGACUGUGUGGAGACAAACAAGAAAACUGCACUUGCAGCAAUGAAAGAGUGUAAUUCGUCAAGUGUUCAUGGGUUGUUCGUUGAUGGACAAAUAAAAGUGGAACACAUUUGUGACGAUGAGAAGAAAAUGCAAACCUCAAAAAGGAAGUCCAAAAAAUUCGAUCAAUCUGAAGAGGAAGUGGAUUUUAAGUGUGUUUCGAAAUAUAACAGAAAGCCUUCCAAAAAUGGUUGUUGCUCGCUAAAGGUUGGGGAUCCAAUGGAGAUUGUUUGCACACGGAAGUGCCAAACACAGUUGUAAUGUAACAAUAUGAAGAAAUAAAAAUAAUCAAAUAUCA